UGCAGGCCCUAUAUAAGGCACAACACAAACAACUAUCCAACACACAAUCAAUCAAAGCUAUGGAUUCACUUCAUUUGUUAACCCUUUUCUGCCUCUGCCUUUCCCUCUUUCCCCUCUUCGCUUCCUCUGCCUUGCUGUUUCAGGGGUUCAACUGGGAAUCAAGUAGCAAAGGGGGUUGGUACAACUCUCUCAAGAACUCCAUUCCUGAUCUAGCAGAUGCUGGAAUCACCCAUGUUUGGCUCCCUCCUCCCUCCCAAUCUGUUGCUCCUCAAGGGUAUCUUCCGGGAAGGCUAUAUGAUCUUGACGCAUCAAAGUAUGGAUCAAAGAAUGAACUGAAGUCCCUAAUUGCAGCUUUCCAUGAAAAGGGAAUCAAAUGCAUAGCUGACAUAGUCAUCAACCACAGAACUGCAGAGAGAAAAGAUGGAAGAGGCAUAUAUUGCAUCUUUGAAGGUGGCACUGAUGAUGCGCGUCUUGAUUGGGGUCCCUCUUUCAUUUGCAAAGAUGACACUGCUUAUUCUGAUGGCACCGGAAACCUUGACAGUGGUGAGGGCUAUGAUGCUGCACCUGACAUUGACCAUCUCAAUCCACAGGUGCAAAGAGAGUUAUCUGAAUGGAUGAACUGGCUCAAAACUGAGAUUGGAUUUGAUGGGUGGAGGUUUGAUUUUGUGAAGGGUUAUGCCCCUAGCAUUACCAAAAUUUAUAUGCAACAAACUUCACCAGAUUUUGCCGUUGGAGAGAAUUGGAACUCUCUUUCAUAUGGUCAAGAUGGAAAGCCAAACUAUAACCAAGAUGAUCAUCGUGGGGUGUUGGCGAAUUGGGUUGAAUCUGCUGGUGGUGCUAUCACUGCCUUUGAUUUCACCACCAAAGGGGUUCUUCAAGUUGCUGUACAAGGGGAACUGUGGAGAUUGAAGGAUUCAAAUGGGAAACCACCUGGAAUGAUUGGUGUAAAACCAGAAAAUGCAGUAACAUUUAUUGACAACCACGACACUGGUUCCACUCAGAAACAAUGGCCAUUCCCAUCUGACAAAGUCAUGCAAGGAUAUGCUUACAUUUUAACACAUCCUGGGACCCCAACAAUAUUCUACGACCACUUCUUUGAUUGGGGACUGAAGGAACAGAUAGCGAAAUUGACGAGCAUAAGGGUGAAGAAUGGGAUAAAUGUGAAAAGCAAGGUGAAUAUUCUGGCAGCUGAUGCUGACCUCUAUGUUGCAAAGAUAGACGACAAGAUUAUAGUGAAGAUAGGGCCAAAGAUGGACCUUGGAAAUCUUAUUCCCUUUAAUUUCCGCGUUGCUGCCUCUGGCCAAGACUAUGCCGUGUGGGAGUGACUCUAUUUAUUGCAUUCAAGAAUAAUAUUCUAUGUUUAUCACUUAUAGAUAGUUAUACUAACUUGUCCUUAGAAUAAUAAGAUCAUUUUAUUCCCUUGUUGUACAAAGUAUUUUUCUUUAUAAUAAGCUUAAUUUUAUACUAAAAAUAACCAAUUGCUACU